CACCCACCCCUGGGGGGCGGGGCUUGGCUGCACCCACGUGUGGAUUAAAUGCUCCAGCAGGAGCUGCAGAGAGCGCCACAGAGCCAGCUCAGGCAGGGAGGCAGCACCAUGGCCGGCAAGAAAGUCUGCAUUGUAGGCUCUGGCAACUGGGGCUCAACCAUCGCCAAGAUUGUGGGCAGCAAUGCCGCCCAGCAGGCUCGCUUUGACCCACAGGUGAUCAUGUGGGUGUUCGAGGAAGAUGUCGGGGGCAGAAAGCUGACUGAGGUCAUCAACACACAGCAUGAGAAUGUCAAGUACUUGCCCGGCCACAAGCUGCCCCCCAACGUGGUGGCGGUCGCAGAUGUGGUCCAGGCCGCAGCAGGUGCUGACAUCCUGAUCUUCGUGGUGCCCCACCAGUUCAUCAGCAAGAUCUGUGACCAGCUCAAGGGCCAUCUGAAGGCUGACACCAUUGGCAUCUCUCUAAUUAAGGGGGUAGACGAGGGCCCCAAUGGACUGAAGCUCAUCUCUGAAGUGAUUGGGGAGCGCCUGGGCAUCCCCAUGAGCGUGCUGAUGGGGGCCAACAUUGCCAGUGAGGUGGCCGAUGAGAAGUUCUGUGAGACAACCAUUGGCUGCAAAGACCUGACCCAGGGGCAGCUUCUGAAAGAGCUGUUUCAGACGCCCAACUUCCGCAUCACGGUGGUGAAGGAGGUGGACACCGUCGAGAUCUGUGGGGCCUUGAAGAAUAUAGUGGCUGUAGGGGCUGGCUUCUGUGACGGGCUGGGCUUCGGCGACAACACCAAGGCGGCAGUGAUCCGACUGGGACUCAUGGAGAUGAUCGCCUUCGCCAAGCUCUUCUGCAGUGGUCCUGUGUCCUCGGCCACCUUCCUGGAGAGUUGUGGUGUUGCCGACCUCAUCACUACCUGCUAUGGAGGGCGGAACCGUAAAGUGGCAGAGGCCUUCGCCCGCACAGGAAAGUCCAUUGAACAGUUGGAGAAAGAGAUGUUGAAUGGACAGAAGUUGCAGGGGCCCCAGACAGCCCGAGAGCUGCAAAGCAUCCUCAAGCACAAAGGCCUGGUGGACAAGUUCCCACUGUUCAUGGCUGUGUACAGGGUAUGCUACGAGAACCAGCCGGUGGGUGAGUUCAUCCGCUGCCUGCAGAAUCACCCAGAACACAUGUGAGCGGGGCCGGGGUCCAGGCCAGGAAGCCUCUUUACCCCAGUGCAUCCAGGCAGGAGCUCAGGGUACCUGGCCACCAGGAUCUCUGAGACCCCUCCCUGGAGCUGCUGCUUUUCAACUUUUCACUGGAGGCUGGAAGGCUGUGGAGCCCAGCUACCUGCCUCAGAACCCUGAGCCACCGGGUAGCCUGCAGCUGCCUGCCACAUCUUGCCAGAAAUGAAGCUGCUGUGUCCUUCUCCAGAUGUGUGCCCUGUCCCAGGAUGGAUAGAAUCAAGCAUCAGUGCUGCCUGCUUUGAAAGUGAGGGGAUGAGGGAGGAAUGGAGAAAGAGAGAGGCAAUGUAUGGGUUGCCUGCUUUCCCCCACAGACCAGGGAUCCUGUCCCCAGACCCAGCGGGGUGGCUCAGAUCCCUCAGUCACAAAAACAAUGAGGCAAGGGCUGCCAGGAGGGGUCUGGGCCUUUGAGCUGACAUAGGCCCUUGGGACCCCUUUGCUCUGAUCUCUGCCAUGCCCCACACACCAGCAAUGGAUCUCAGUGUUUGUGAGAAAAAUACAAAGAUCUCAAACAA